AUGGCUUCUGAGGCCCCCAAGGACCUGCCUGUUCGGCCCGCCGCCGCCGCCAAGGGUGAAAAUGCUGCUGCUGAGCCUGCCCCGCCAAACAAGAAGAACGCCGCACCGAGCGCCGACACCCUCCCGGAUUUCAUUGUCGAGCGGAACAAUCUGUUUGAGGAACUGUGGCAGCAGUAUCUCGAGGAUAUGAAAUCCUGCCCGAAGCCUGAAAUCAAUGUCACCCUGGACAUUGGCGACGGCAACCCCUCUCCCGUCCCCGCCAAAGCCUUCGAGACCACUCCGGGGUCGUUCCUGCGAGAUGUGCCCAAGGAUGUGAGCGCCAAUGUGGUGAUUGCCAAGGUGGACGGGGAGUUGUGGGAUCUGAACCGCCCCUUGGAGCGCGAUUGCAAGGUCGUUCUCAUUCCUUUCACCAACCCCGAGGGCAGGGAGGUCUUCUGGCACUCCAGUGCCCAUUGUCUGGGUGAGGCCUGCGAAUGCGAAUACCACUGUCUCCUUUCCCACGGCCCCCCGACUGCUCAGGGUUUCUUCUAUGAUAUGGCUAUUCCGGAAGGACGUGUGGUUCGAGAGGCCGACUGGUCGUCGCUCGAUAGCCGAGCAUCGCGGAUAUUCAAGGAGAAGCAGAGCUUCGACCGGUUGGAGGUCACCAAGGAGAACCUCAAGAAGAUGUUCUCGUACAGCAAGUACAAGCUGCACUACAUUGACAAGCUGGUCACCGGGGAGAAGAGCACGGUCUACCGUUGCGGAACCCUGGUCGACCUUUGCCGAGGACCGCACAUCCAGAACACCGGCAAGGUCAAGACCUUCAAGAUCAUGCAGAACUCGUCGGCCUAUUUCCUGGGCGACCAGAGCAACGACUCUCUGCAGCGAAUUCGUGGUGUCGCAUUCCCGGACAAGAAGCAAAUGUCCGAGCACCUGAAGUUCCUGGAAGAGGCCGAGAAGCGCAACCACCAGAAGAUCGGGAAGGAGCAGGAGCUGUUUUUCUUCGACGAAGCCUCCCCUGGAUGCCCUUUCCUGCUCCCCAACGGCACCAAGAUUGUCAACGCUCUCCAGUCGCUUCUGCGGUCCGAGUACCGCAAGCGAGGCUACCAAGAAGUGCAGACCCCGAACAUGUACGAUGUGGGUAUCUGGAAGACCUCUGGCCACUGGCAACACUACGCGGAUGACAUGUUCAAGCUGGACGUUGAGAAGCGGGAGUGGGCUCUGAAGCCCAUGAACUGUCCCGGCCACUUUCGUCUCUUUGGUCACCGUGACCGGAGUUACCGUGAGCUUCCUAUGAGAAUCGCAGACUUUGGUGUCUUGCACCGCAACGAGGCUUCUGGUGCCCUGAGUGGUCUUACCCGCGUGCGCCGUUUUGUACAGGAUGACAGCCAUAUCCUGUGCGAGCCUUCGCAGAUUUCGUCGGAGAUUGAAGGCCUCUUUGAUUUCUUGCAGUCCAUCUACCGCCUGUUUGGCUUCACCUUCAAGCUGAAGCUCUCUACCCGCCCUGAGAAGUAUCUUGGUAAGAAGGAGACCUGGGACUAUGCCGAGGAGCAGCUGAAGGCGGCCUUGACCAAAUUCCAAGGCAACGACUGGACCAUCGAUGAGGGCGACGGUGCAUUCUACGGUCCGAAGAUCGACAUCACCAUCGCCGAUGCCCUCAAGCGGGAGUUCCAGUGCGCCACCAUCCAGCUGGAUUACCAGGCUCCCGUCAACUUCAAGCUAGAGUACAUGACCAAUGAGAAGUCCGAGGCCAAAGAGGGCGAGACCAAGGAGGGCGAGCCCGGCCCCGGCCGUGCCCGCCCCGUGGUCAUCCACCGCGCCAUCAUCGGCAGUUUCGAGCGGUUCCUGGGCAUCCUGAUCGAGCAUUUUGGCGGCAAGUGGCCAUUCUGGAUCAGUCCUCGCCAGAUUCUGAUCGUUCCGGUCAUGCCCACCGUGAACGAUUACGCCGAGGAGCUGCAGCAGAUCCUGCGCGGGGACAAGCUAAACGUGGACAUUGACAUCAGCGGCAACACUCUCCCUAAGAAAAUCCGCAAUGGGCAGCUCUCAUAUUACAACUUUAUUUUCGUCGUCGGCGCCCAAGAGAAGGAGUCCCGGUCGGUGAAUGUCCGCAAUAGAGACGAUCAAAACACCCAGAGCAAGGGCAUCAUGGUUCCCCUGGACGAGGUGCGGGCCAAGCUCCGGGCAUUGCGCAAGGAGCGCAGAUUGGAGAACACACUGUAG